AUGGUGAAUUACUUCGACGCCGAGAUGGUGCUCACAAAAGGGCCCGAGACUCUGCCGCGUCGCAUGUCUCUACUGGUACCGACGGACGGCACGCCGGUCACGGUUGGACGGGCGCCUGAAAACGAUAUUGUUCUCAGCGCCCACCUUCUGUUUGCUUCGCAAAGCCACUGCCAAUUCUUUAUGCGUCCUGUGUUAGCUACAUUGAGUGGCGGCGGCGAAGAGGAGGCGGAAAAAGAGCGUGGGGAGGGAAAUGAGAAACAGGGCCCUGGGCGUAAGAAGAAGAAGGCCGCUGAUCGCAAACGUGGUCGCGAUGCGCCGCUGUUGGAGCUGUGUCUAAUUGACAUGGGCAGCAGCAACGGCACAUUCGUCAACGGUAAGCGUGUGGAAGCGAAUGUCGUCACGCCGCUGCGUCACCGCGAUGUGCUCGUCUUUGGCGGGAUGCGUGACAUCGCAGCCGGUGCCUCGUUGCCAGCGGACGCAGUGAUCCACGCGCCGGAGAUCGUCACAUGGUGCGUGGCCCUCAAUGCGGACGACAUCCCCAUCGACUGUGCGUCGACCCCGCCGGUGGUACUCCACGCUGACUUUGUGGAGGCGGAGGAGAAGCGGAUUACCCUGGAGCUCCUGCAACGCAUGACGUCGCCGCCUCUGACGACGGGUCGCAGAUCCACGACAACAGCGAACCAGCCGCCGACAGUGCUGAAACGGUGGAACGAGGCGCCGUCGAGGCAACUGUGGGAGUAUGAACACGACCAGACAUUACAAGGCCCUGCUGAUCGUGAGGAAAUUCCACGCGUCAACGCCGGAAAAAAUGAUGGUCAAAUCAAUGAAACAGCGAAUGCCAAGGACGACGUGAAUAAAUGCACGCAGCGCGGUGGCCACGUUGCUGCGGCCUUAUUUCCGCAGGAAGAAAGUAUGGGGGCGCAAAUUACCCCAUCUUAG